CUUAAUUUUUCCGGAGUGGGUCAAAUAAAUAAAGCGUGGAAGUUUAGCUUUAAUUUUGAAAUAAUAUUAAGACAAAUUUGUUGGAAUACAGCCCUCUUGUUUGCUCUUUUACGUGAGAGUGACGAUCACGUGAUUAGUUUUUUCUGGAAAUUUAUCCAUUGAAAAGCUAGUUUGUGUACGUUACGUAUUGUGUUGUAAUUGUGAGAUUCCCCUCGAUUUUUUUUCGAAUAUAUAUCAUUCGAUACGAUUUAUCAAAGUUUUUGGAAACUUACGAUACAAACCGUAGCUAGUACAACUUCAUGUCACAUUUCGACUCAAUCAUGAGAGAUUUGGAUCAAGAUCCGUUUCUUAACGCAAUGAAUGGACCAUUUGAAACAAUGAGACAAAUGAUGGCUCCAUUCGGUGGGAUGUUUGGUGGAAGUAUGUUUCCCCAGCUUAUGGGGCCCAACCAUAGGCCUAGUCAAUAUGGGGAUAACUCAAGUUUAAUGCCUUUUGGCUUUGGCCACUCUCUUUUUCCUAAUAUGGAUCAUAUGUUUAGAAAUUUUGGACAACUGACUCAGGACCCUAACUCUCACUGUUAUAGCUCGUCUUCAGUGAUGACUUAUACAACUGAUGAGACUGGUCAACCACAGGUUUAUCAGGCUUCCUCAUCAACUAGAACGGGCCCUGGAGGGGUAAAAGAAACGCGAAAGACUUUACAGGAUUCUAGGUCAGGGAUGCAGAAAAUGUCAAUUGGUCACCAUCUUGGGGAAAGAGGUCAUGUCAUGGAACGUGUAAAGAACAGGACUACUGGGGAAGAGGAAGAGAAUGAAGAGUUGUUGAACCUUGAUGAAGAGGAAUUGGGAGCUUUCAACACCGAGUGGCAGCACCGUGCUCAACCUUAUACCCAUCGAUCACGUCAUGCACAUCUCACGUACAGAGAUCAUCCUCGAUUCGGCCAAAGAAGUUCACGUAUCCCUGGUGCUUCAGAGCAACUGGCCAUCACUGCUGGACCAAGUGGUGGUGAAUAUGAGCAACCUCAUUCUUCACAUAAACGUAGCAGCGAAGGCUUGUCCGUGAAAGGAAAAGGAAAAGAUAUUGAAGCUAAACAGAAAAAGAAGCAAAAAAGUGGACAUUCUGGCCGGAGCGGUUACGAGAAAAUGAAACAUCGACCCAGGCACGAAACUAACAUGUGAUCUGUCAAUUUCUUUUUUUUUCCAUGAGCUGCAAAACCCGUAGAUUUUUCUUACUUCUACCACCAGAUGGUAGCCUUAGACAUAAAAUUUCACCUUGAUCAAAAUAAAAAAAAAAAUGUAAAUAAAACAUCCUUUUAUUUUCUUUAGAAAGUUUGUCAUUAGAAAUAAAAAAAAUCUGUAAUGGACCAUUUUUUUUACUUUUACAAAACAAAAAUAUGACAGCUGCCUUCAUACAGUGUGAAGUCAAAUGUUGGCCUUUUUUUCUGUCUUCUGUUGAUUUAAGAAAAUAAAACACUAGCUGUUGGAAGUUCAGUUCAAAGGUAUGGGAAUACCUGAGGCUUACCAGUGCUUUACAUAUUUAUUUCCUAAAAAACAGAAAGAAUAUAUAAACUGGUUUGAAUGAGAAAUGGUCAGACCCAGAGGAAAUAAAAAGAUGAAGUUUAUACACUAUUAUCAUUGGUAGAAAUGUUGCUUGACAUUAUCUAGUAACUAAUUAACAUAUAUUGAUGUUGUAUGUACUUGUGUUUCAUUAAAGUUGCAGCACUUAAUUCCUAGCCCCUGUGGUAAUUACAACUGAGCAUACACCCCUCAUUCUUUGGGCAGGAUUAUUACCUUCUCUUGCUGUUUUAAUCUUAAUAUACUUAGCUAGCUUUGAAGUUUAUGUUUUCAAAUCCUGAGAGACAAUUAAAUCAAAUUGUAAAAGGAUUUGUGUAUACUAAGUGUGGGAUUGUUUUAAUAAAGGAACUUGCUAGAGAAA